AUGGCAGACUCAUCCCGGGAGCCCGGCGGCUUCAUCCCUCCCCAAGGCGGCCUCCCCUCGCCCGCCCCCUCCUCAGCCUCGUCCCGCGCGGCCUCCAGCCUGCCGCACCCGAGACGCACUCCGCUGCGGCCCGGCGGAAGCAAGGAGGACAUGGUGAGACGGUACGCGGAGGAGAAGCUCAUGACCGUUUCGCGGCGCUACGUCAAGAAGUUUGGGGGCACGCAGGAGGGAGACGAUGUGGUUGGCUUUCGCAGCUUCGGGGAGGUGUGCAAGGAGCUGGAUGAGGUUGUCAAUAUCCUGUGGCAGUCGGGGACUCCCAUCUUGCAGGUGCAGUUCCUGCUCAAGCUGGCCAGCGACUUCACGCAAUACGUCCGGUCGUUCCCGCCGUCGCCCAAGGCGUCGUUUGACCUGCUGCACAAGCUGGACCACUGCUUCGCCAGCCUGCUCUGCGGGCAGGACAUUGAGACCAAGGAGCCGCUGCCGGGAUUCGAAAACGGGCUGCGGAUGGGCAUGACGACGACGGACAUGGUGCGGUGCCGGAGCCUGGUGGAGCAGACGCGGUUGCUCAUGGUCGAGAUUAUGAGCAGUGGUGAGCCGGAGGAUGAGGAGGACGAAGACGAAGAUGACGAGGAUGACGAGGGUGAUGAUGAUGGUGAUGGGAAGGACGGCGGAGGAGCGGGCUGGGGGGUUGAUGAUGAUGAUGAGACGUAUCUGGAUGCUGCGCGAGUCUACGAGAAUACGAUUGUGCAGCUGGGGAAGAGGCUUGGGGAUUCGAUGGGGGAGAAUAUUGGCGGAUGGACAAUGUGA